UCUGGAGUCAGGUAUGGGACAGAGUUGACUGUUAAGAAAGCAGCGGGUCCUCACGGCUAUUUUCAGAUAUAGUAUUCCUUCUAGAGGUAGAGUAAUCGGUUUUUACCUUCCAUCUAUCAACUUAAUUUCAACAUGACCGUCAGUUGAUAGCCUACUAAACAGCCUGAAUGAAGGGUCAUGUGAUGGAGAUUGAAGGGCCAUGGACAGAGGUUUUCGAGUGCUCAGAGAGGAAGCAGGACCAUGGAGAGGAAGAGCUUCUGGGCAGUUCGACCCUUACUCUGGCUCCUCUGGUACCCCGACCUCCUCCUGUUCAACGUUCCCAGCCCCUCAUUAUCACUAAAAGCAGGACAAAAGGGUCUAGGCCAUUGUCAUCCUCCGUUCCAUCCAUACCAAAUCCUUUUCCAGAGCUCUGCAGCCCUUCUCAGUCCCCUGUCCUGAUUGGUUCACACUCACCUCAAUCAAGUAACACUCAUCUAGUCAAGGUGUUUGGAGAGGACAGUCACAGCAGGUGUCUAUGGGUCUCCGCGGGGGCUACAGCCAGGGAGGUGUGUGAUAUAUUGGUCCAGACAGCUCACUGCUCGGACCAGAAGAACUGGGCUCUCAUUGAGCUGCACCAAGCCCUGGGUCUGGAGCGAUGUCUGGAGGACCAUGAGGUGGUGCCGGAUGUGCAGGCCCGGUGGCAUCCAGAGGGCGACACCAAGCUUGUCUUCCGCAAAAACUAUGCCAAAUAUGAAUUCUUCAGGAAACCUAUGCAGUUCUUUCCUAAGAACAUGAUCUCUGACAGCGCUGAUGUCACCAAGGGCAUGACAUCAUCAGAGCUUAUUCAGAACAUGUCUGGAGCGUGUCCAGAGAUCCAGGGCUUCCUGCAAAUGAAGGAGCGCAGCCGCAAGACCUGGAAGAAGGUCUUCUUCUUCCUCAGACGCUCAGGCCUAUACUUCUCCAUCAAGGGCUCCUCCAAGGAACCUCGCCACCUUCAGUGUAUAGAUGAGCUGAAGGACUUAAAUGUCUACACAGUCACCAAUAGCCGCAAGCUCUAUGGAGCCCCUGUUGACUUCACUUUCUGUGUCAAGCCUUGUAAAGAUGGAUUUCGUGCUCAGAACAUAACGCUUCUGUGUGCAGAGAAUGAACAAACCCGCACCUGUUGGAUCUCAGCUUUCAGACUGUUCAAGUAUGGGAGUCAGCUUCAGUACAACUUCCAGCUGUCCCAGUCGAGACCACAGUGUGCAGAGGGCACCUUGUGUACAGACACCAAGCAAAGUGAGUCCGAGGACACCCUUGUGGCCAUGGACUUUUCGGGGAAGGCCGGAGGUCGGGUGAUCCAGAACCCCAGAGAGGCCCAGAGUGCAGAAAGAGAGGAGGGGCAGGCCUGGAGGAGAAGAGAGGCCUUGAGGUGCAGCCUUCCCAACCCCAGCCCAGGAUCACGCCCCUCCUCCAUCCACAGGACCCAGCCUUGGUUCCAUGGUGGUGUAUCCAGAAAAGAGGCUGAAAAGCUGAUAGAGGAACAGGGACAUGUGGAUGGGAUGUUCCUCAUCCGUGAAAGCCAGCAGCACACUCAGUGUUUCGUCCUCUCACUGUGUCACAAGCUGAAGACCAAACACUACCUCAUCAUUCCUUGUAAUGAGGGAGGUAGGAAUUACUACACCAUGAACGACGGUGAAACGCUCUUCAUCGACCUGCUCCAAUUGGUUGAGUUCCACCAGAUCAACAAAGGCAGUCUCCCUGUUUGCCUCAAACAUCCCUGUGUCUGUGUAGCUCUCUGACCCCUGCUGCUGUCCUUGGGUAACCCUGUUUUGCCAGUAAGGGAAAUCGUGUAGGACCAUAGGUACUUCUGACUGACCAAUGGUGCGGCAGCCUAGAUGGAUGUAGCCUAGAGACUGACAACACAUGAAAAACCCACUGUGGUAGCCAAGAUGGUUUUAAGUCUGACAACUGUGUAUUUCCUGUUUUCUGGUGAAUGAAGUCUGACCCUAAACCCUCCCUUUGUGCUUUAAACUGAUCCUUUUUGAUUAUGUUUAAAUUAUCCAGUUUUAUUCUGUUAAUAAUCACUGUAACGGAAUUAAACUAUUCCUUUUCAGGUCAAAUUGUCAGGUGAAUGUCAUUCCUUUUAUUCAUAGUUGAAAUGCAGAUUAUACAGAGUACACCCCCAGCAUCUUCUACCCACCAGCUGUAGCUUAUUUUAUGAUGUAUUUUCAGUUUUAUGGCCAUAUUGUUUUUUGAAGAUAUCUCCUAGUUUUACACUUUAAUAAAUGAGUUAUAUUUCCUGUGAUGACUGUAUAAUUAGGCAAUUUUGCUUGCACUUGCUGACACAGCUAGCUUUGUUGUCCUGAUAUACUGCAUUGUGAUGUAGUCUAUUGAUUUGGCACAAUAACCUAAGUGGACUGUGGAACAUUCGGCCUCUAGAGGGCAGUCUUUAACACCGAAUAGUACAAAUAUUACUUUGACAUAAGGUGUCUACAGUGAGAAAAAAAGAUGGUUAUUUAGAAGUACAAAAUAAUGGUGAAUAUUUCAUCAAUUCAGGAAUAAAUCUACGUGAUUGUCUCUUCGACCACUCAGUAACAUAAACCUGCUGGAGCUGAGUUGUUAAAGGACAUUAAAAUGUCUACAGUCAGUCUUCUGUGUGUUCUGAGAGAUGGGGCUUUGUGCUUAUUCAUGGUGAUUUGUCUCGAUGUGUCUUUGUUUAGUGAACAUUUAAUUCUCAAAUAUGGACCCUAUAAAGUCCUUAAAUCAAUAUAACACAAAGCACUCUUAACUUGCAUAUAUUUGCACAUUGUUGGUGAAGGGAAAACCUGUAUUGAGGUGCCUUACAACUUUUCCUUGCUUGAAAAGCAUUUGACUUCACCCCUUAGUGUCCCGCUGUGUUCACAUGUAAAGCUUAAGGAUUAGCAGCCUUCUUUUAAAUGACAUUCCACAUGUACUUACCGUCUGCUUUUGAAUCUUGCACUUGCUUUCAUUCUUCAUAUAUCCAAGAAGUGUUGUUAGAUGUUCAGUUUGUACACCAAGUUAUUCGAUACACAAGGCCAGUUAAAUUUCCCCUUUGUGUCCCCUUUUCAAACAAUUGAAUUCCAAGGUUAAGAUUGUAAGAUUUUUGUGCAGUUGAUGUGGUUGUGUUGUCAUUGCACAGUAGCUUCUACCAAACUGUAUUUUAUGUACCUAUAAUAAAUAUAUUCAUAAUAAAAAAAUUA